GUUGAUUCCGUCGAAAAGUUUGCUAUUUAUAGGUCACACGCGGCCGCCGGGCGAAGGGAGAGCGGCCUGUCUCAGUGGCGUCCCGUGAUCGUUUUGUUUUGUUUCUGCCCUCGCGCGCGAGAAGACAGGGGGAGCCCCGAAACCAGCCCUCGCCGGAGCGGGAAGAGCGCCGCGCGCCGAGACCCCGGCUGCGAACACAGAUCAGCUGCUACCGGGUGUCCACAACCAGGGAGCUGAUCCCCAGCACGCUGUGAGCUGCCUUUUUAACCCUGAGACUUUUCAAAGCUGUGCAUGCAGGAAGUUUCCUUCCCGGGUGUCUGCCUGAGCACUGAGCUUUGGUCUUCAGAUCCGAGCCCGGCUGCCUGCUGCACACUGGAGCGGCUUCCUCGAGACGUUUGUCCUUGAAACUGCACCAAACUCUUGGAAGAGCCCAGAACGCAGCGGACAACUGACCGGUUCAUCAGUGAACAAUAGUCAGCUAUGAAGAUGUAAGGGAAAAGUCCUCGGCUAACAUUGUCGCAGCUUGAAAGCUCCCAGACACCAGGAGACGUGUGAAUUGGCUGCAUUAAAGCUGUGGAUAACAGUUAGCAUAACAGCUUCAUCGCAGGUACGGAGCAGGCUUCUCUGCAGAAUGUCCAACAAAGACCGGCACAUUGACUCCAGCUGCUCGUCCUUCAUCAAGACGGAACCCUCCAGCCCGGCCUCCCUGACGGACAGUGUCAACCACCACAGCCCGGGCGGCUCCUCGGACGCCAGCGGGAGCUACAGCUCCACCAUGAACGGCCACCAGAACGGGCUGGACUCGCCGCCCCUCUACCCGGCCGCACCGCUGCUGGGUGGCAGCGGGCCAGUGCGGAAGCUCUAUGACGACUGCUCGAGCACCAUCGUGGAGGACCCGCAGACCAAGUGCGAGUACAUGCUCAACUCCAUGCCCAAGCGGCUGUGCCUGGUGUGCGGGGACAUCGCGUCCGGCUACCACUACGGCGUGGCCUCCUGCGAGGCCUGCAAGGCCUUCUUCAAGAGGACGAUCCAAGGUAACAUAGAAUACAGCUGCCCGGCCACAAACGAGUGCGAAAUCACGAAGCGCAGACGUAAAUCCUGCCAGGCUUGCCGCUUCAUGAAGUGUCUGAAAGUGGGUAUGCUGAAGGAAGGGGUGCGUCUGGACAGAGUCCGUGGCGGUCGGCAGAAGUACAAGCGCAGAAUAGAUGCAGAGAACAGCCCGUACCUGAACCCCCAGCUGGUCCAGCCAGCCAAAAAGCCAUAUAACAAGAUUGUCUCCCAUUUGUUGGUGGCCGAACCUGAGAAGAUCUAUGCCAUGCCUGAUCCUACUGUCCCAGACAGCGAUAUCAAAGCCCUCACCACACUGUGUGACUUGGCCGACCGGGAACUGGUGGUCAUCAUAGGAUGGGCGAAGCAUAUCCCAGGCUUCUCCACGCUGUCUCUGGCCGACCAGAUGAGCCUCCUGCAAAGUGCUUGGAUGGAAAUUUUGAUCCUUGGCGUCGUAUACCGAUCGCUUUCGUUUGAGGAUGAACUUGUCUAUGCAGACGAUUAUAUAAUGGACGAAGACCAGUCCAAAUUAGCAGGGCUUCUUGACCUAAAUAAUGCUAUCCUGCAGCUGGUAAAGAAAUACAAGAGCAUGAAGCUGGAGAAAGAAGAAUUUGUCACCCUCAAAGCGAUAGCUCUCGCUAAUUCAGACUCCAUGCACAUAGAGGACGUGGAGGCCGUGCAGAAGCUGCAGGACGUGCUACAUGAGGCACUGCAGGAUUACGAGGCGGGCCAGCACAUGGAAGACCCGCGCCGGGCCGGCAAGAUGCUCAUGACGCUGCCGCUGCUCAGGCAGACCUCCACCAAGGCCGUGCAGCACUUCUAUAACAUCAAACUGGAAGGCAAGGUCCCCAUGCACAAACUGUUUCUGGAAAUGCUGGAGGCCAAGGUCUGACUAACAGCUUCCUGGGCCCGCUCCCCACUGUGCACGCUGAAAAAGGGAAAACAAACCAAGAGUGAUGGCGAAGAAACUUAGAAUUUAGUUACGAACAUCGACUGUCAACCAAGACUGCACUGAUUCUUUAGCAGCAGCGAGACUGCGAAGCAGCUUUCGGAUCCCUUUGUGUUCCUGAUGAAUUUCUGUCUGCUUUAUCACUCCUCUCCCUUCCUGCUUUCCUUCUGAUUCCCUGUCUUGUAUUUCAGUUUUGUUUUCUUUCUUUCCUCUCUUGUCCCCCUUCCUCAUUGGUUGGCUUCCUUAAUACUGGCUUCUGGUUGUCUCAUUUCCUUUCUUCCUUUUUGUUCACUUCUUCCCUUUCCUCCCCUUUUACUCUAAAAUUUAAGUAACUCUAAAUUGUAAGAAAAUUUCCUCCCUUCCACCUCUCCUCUCCCUGUCUUCCCUUCCAUUCUUUUUUUCUCUGUUUCCUUUCCCUUUCCUCUUUCGAUUUCUUUCUCUUUUUCCCUUUCCUUUCCUUUCCCUUCCCUUCUGUCCUUUCUUCUGCUGCGGAACUUUUAAAAGAGGUCUCUAAGUGAAGCGAUGUGGAAGCCAGCCCUGCCAAAGGAUAGAGAUCCACAGUAUGGAUACCAGUGAACUUACUGCGAACCCUACCGUCCCCAGUGACUGAGGAAUCAAAGAGAGAAGCGACGUACCUACAAGUACAGAGCGACACAAGCGAAUUGACUGAGUGCAGUAUUAGGUUUCAUGGGAGCAGCCUCUAAUUAGACAACUUAAGCAACGUUGAUCGGCUGUUUCUUAUCUAUCAUUGCUUUUCCAUCUAGAUCAGUUACAGCCAUUUGAUUCCUUGUUUUUUCAAGUCUUCCAGGUAUUUGUUAGUUUAGCUACUAUGUAACUUUUUCAGGGAAUAGUUUAAGCUUUAUUCAUUCAUGCAAUACUAAAGAAAAAUAAGAAUACUGCAAUUUUGUGCUGGCUUUGAACAAUUAUGAACAAUAAUGAAGGACAAAUGAAUCCUGAAGGAAGAUUUUUAAAAAAAAAUGUUUUGUUUCUUCUUACAAAUGGAGAUUUUUUUGUACCAGCUUUACCACUUUUCAGCCAUUUAUUAAUACGAGAAUUUAACUUACUCAAGCAAUAGUUGAAGGGAAGGUGCAUAUUAUAACGGAUGCAAUUUAUGUUGUGUGCCAGUCUGGUCCUAAACAUCGAUUUCUUAACAUGAGCUCCAGUUUACGUACAUCACUGACACCGAGGAUUAGAUUACACCUGCAGUGGCUCGGGGCGGUCGCCGACCUCUGCCCUGCAGGAGGGGUGCCAAGUAGUGGUCCAGCGUGCACCUCUGCCCGAGGGGCGGCCACCCUAUGCCUUCUAGCUGCCCUGGUGGUAGGAAGGAGACGCUGCCCGUCCGCAGGGCUCCGGACCUUGUCUCAGAAGGAGCUGUGAGCCAGUAUUCAUUAAGAGGCAAUAAGGCAAAUGCCAGAAAUUACACAAAAAAAAAAUCAUGAAAGACAGCAGAUGCCUGACCAAAUUCUAAAACCUGAUCCGUAGGCGUUCAUUCAUUUAGGAAUGUUUGUUUCAAUUAAUCCGCAGUUUUUACCAAGAGCUAAGCCACCAUGUGCGCUUUUCCAAGCAGUAUUGUCACAGCAUGAGAGUCAGUCAGGGUCCAGACUGUUAGAGGUGUAAUCUAAUGGAGAAAUCAGUUAGAUACCCCCGAAAUCUACAGUCGCCAAAUAACCAAUAAACAGUAACCUCCAUCCAACGCUAUACCAAUGGACCAGUGUUAGUAGCUGCUCCCUGUACUGUGUGAACAGUCGUUAUUUCUAUGUACACAGAUGUAAUUAAAAUUGUAAUCCUAACAAACAAAAGAAAUGUAGUUCAGCUCUUCAAUGUUUCAUGUUUGCUGUGCUUUUCUGAAGUUUAUGUUGCAUUCAAAGACUGUCGUCUUGUUCUUGUGGUGUUUGGAUUCUUGUGGUGUGUGCUUUUAGACACAGGGUAGAAUUAGAGACAAUAUUGGAUGUACAAUUCCUCAGGAGACUACAGUAGUGUAUUCUAUUCCUUACCGGUAAUAAGGUUCUUCCUAAUAAUAAUUAAGACAUUGAGACUCAUUAUGAACAGAUACACAUCAAAGUCAUAAUAAUAUUUUCAAAACAAGGAAUAAUUUCUUUAAUGGUUUAUUAUAGAAUACCAAUGUAUAGCUUAGAAAUAAAAUUUUGAAUAUUUCAAGAAUAUAGAUAAGUCUAAUUUUUAAAUGCUGUACAUACGGCUUUCACUCAGUCAUCUCUCAGAUGUUGUUAUUAACUCGCUCUGUGUUGUUGCAAAACUUUUUGGUGCGGACUCUGUUUCCAAAACUAUUGCUACUUUGUGUGCUUUAAACAAAAUACCUUGGGCUGGAGUUUCAGCCCAGUGCUAGGAAUACUGUGUAUCUAUCAUUAGCUAAAUGGGACUAUAUUGUAGAUUGUGGUUUCUCAGUAGGGAAGUGACUGUAGUGUGAUUCUAGAUAAAUCAUCAUUAGCAAUUCAUUCAGAUGGUCAAUAACUUGAAAUUUAUAGCUGUGAUAGGAGUUCAGAAAUUGGCACAUCCCUUUAAAAAUAACAACCGAAAAUACAACUCCUGGGAAAAAAUAAAAGGUGCUGAUUCUAUAAGAUUAUUUAUAUAUGUAAGUGUUUAAAAAAGGUUAUUUUCCAGAAAGUUUGUGCAGGGUUUAAGUUGCUACUAUUCAGCUACACUAUAUAUAAGCAAAAUAUCUACACUGUAUACAUCAUCUUCACUGUAUCACAUUAAAGUAUGUGGUACUUUAAGCACUAAGAGGGAAACAACCACAAACGCCAGAUGGAGACCUGUUAAAAGAAUGAGAUGCAAAACUUUUAGUUUUCAGUUUAAGCGAUGUCAACAUUGCAAAGGAACAAGUAUCUUACAAAUAGGAAAGGAAAAAAAUAAGCUUAAAAGGUAGAUCUAACGGAACUGCACAGGCUUCAGGGUAAAUACCCAUCUUAAACCUCAUCCGAGGCAAGUUUUUUUCAGGUUUCAAGCAAGACCAUUGACUUAAAUGUGAAGUUUUGGACACUGAUAACGAUGUAUGUGGUAACCAUAUGAUUUCUUUUUAUUUUGCUUCUUUUAGGUUCUUAUUUAAAGCAGUAUGAUUGUGUGACCCCUCGUAGUUACACCUGUGUUUCAAUCAGAUCAGAUUGUUGUAUUUAUUCCACUAUUUUGCAUUUAAAUGAUAACAUAAAAGAUAUAAAAAAUUUAAAACUGCUAUUUUUCUUAUAGAAGAGGAAAUGGGUGUUAGUGAUUGUAUUUUAAUUAUUUAAGCAUCUCUGUUUACCUGCCUAGGAAAACAUUUUAUGGCAGUCUUAUGUGCAAAGAUCGUAAAAGGACAAAAAAAAAAAAAUUUAAACUGCUUAUAAUCCAGGAGUUGCAUUAUAGCCAGUAGUAAAAAAUAAUAACAAUAAUAUUAAUAAUAAUAAUGAUAAAACCAUGUCUAUAGCUGUAGAUGGCUUCACAUCUGUAAAGCAAUCAAUUGUAUAUUUUUGUGAUGUGUACCAUACUGUGUGUUCCAGCAAACGUCUGUUUGUGUAAAUGUAUUUAUUUUAUAUUGUAUAUAUUGUUAAAUGCAAAAGGAGAUAUGAUUCUGUAACUCCAAUUGGUUCAGAUGUGUAACUCAAAUUAUUCUGCCUUUCAGGGUGAUGGUCGAGCAAUAUUAAACGAGCUUCCACUUUU